AUGGGUCGCGAACUCCAGAAGAAGAAGAACAAGUCGUCGCUCCCGAAGAAGCGCCAGAAUGGCCCCUCCAAGAAGAAGGUUCUGAGCAACCCUAUCAUCGCAAAGCAUUGGGAUCAGAAGGAGACGCUGUCCCAGAACUACCGCCGACUUGGCCUUACGUCGCGUCUCAACCACGCAACCGGUGGUACAGAGAAGACAAUCAAGCUUCUCGGCCUCAACGACCCCAAGUCCUCGCGUGCCGAUACCGCCGCCGACAGCACCGCAAACCGUCUGAACAUCGUCUCUAAGCAGCCUGUUCGGGCCGUCGAGAUCGAGGAACUUGAAGUCGAGCGCGACCCAGAGACCGGCGCCAUUCUGCGCGUAAUAGGGCAGUCGGAAGAAAAGUUCAACCCGCUCAACGACCCCCUGAACGAGCUAGAUAACGACGAUGGCAUGGAGUGGAAUGGAUUUGCCAUGGUUCCCGAGCGCAGGGCGAACGAAGCGCAAAACCCAGUAAUCAGUGAGCUGGAGGAGGCCGCCAGGAAUGGUGCUCGCAAGGAGCCAAGGAAACAGAGCGAGAGGGAGGCAGAGUGGUUAGAGAGGCUGGCGAACAAGUACGGCGAGGAUUACGGCAAAAUGGCACGAGACAGGAAACUCAACCCUAUGCAGCAGACAGAGCCGGACAUCAAGAAGAGGAUGAAGAAGUGGAAGGCAGCACAGGCCGCACAGGCCGCGUAG